UGAGCUUCUCCCUUUCAGAUCCCCGUGGGCGUCAACCCCCGUUUCGUCGGGCAUCGCCCUUCUAACUCCGAAGCCCCUCAAAACUUUCGUCCUCCUUUUGCGGCAGCCCGCUGUCUCCUCUCCCUCCCAUCAACGCCCAAGCAGCGACGCUGAAACGAUUAGGCCGCCAGCGCUGGGUGUUGUCUCCACAGUCUGGUCUCCGGCUUUCCUAAUCAGAGUGCAACUAUGUCAAUUCCUAGGCUUUCACAAUUAGGAAUACAGAUGGUUUUGGGGUUAAGACGAGGACAAACUUCUUCUUUACCUAGAAGACUCCAUCUUUUGGCAUGCCACAGUGAAAUGCCACGAAGUCAUUAUUUUCCGUAUAUGAAGCAUUCAUUUACAACAUCUACUGAAGAUCAUGAUUCUGGAAAUCAACAAAAGAAAGAGAAGGAAAUGAUUUCAGUGACAUUCAUUGACAAAGAUGGAGAAGAGAACCUAGUCAAGGUUCCUGUCGGAAUGUCUAUUUUAGAAGCUGCUCAUGCCAAUGACAUAGAACUUGAAGGAGCAUGUGAAGCCUCACUUGCCUGUUCCACAUGCCACGUGAUUGUGACGGAUAUGGAGUUCUACAACAAAUUAGAGGAUCCUACGGAUGAAGAAAAUGACAUGUUGGACCUGGCAUUUGGCCUUACUAAGACAUCUAGGCUCGGUUGCCAAAUCAUUGCAAAACCUGAACUGGAUGGGAUCCGUGUAGCAUUACCAGCAGCUACCAGAAACUUUGCUGUUGAUGGGCAUGUGGCUAAAGCGCAUUAAAAACAUAUAGUCUGGAAACUCAAUAAUGAUCUCCGAGUGUAAAGAGUGUAACGAGGAAGACUGAACUAGAUGGAGUUCGCUUUUUCACUGCCAACAGCUACCAGGAGCUUUCAUUUUGAUGAGAAAGGUUGCUAAAACCACAUUAGCACUGAUAUUUAACUGUCGUUGUUUGAGUUACUUAUUGCAGCAAUAAAAAUGUUGGUCCCUUGUAUUCUCU